UCACUAUAAACAAAUGAAUCUGACAGCUAGGGCUCACUUGGAUGGGGGCUCCUUCAUUUGCUGAGGAAUGCACUACCGAUCCCUUUGUUUAAGAUGAAGACUCGAGAGAGGAAUUCAAAAAAAUAUGCAUGGAGGACUUUUAAUGAUAUUUUUCCUGCCAGAUGAGAAACUGAUUUGAAGCAAUGUUUUCUCCCCCACAUUCGGUUCAUGAAAUAGAAUCUGUUCAGCCAAUGGCAGUAGAGCUCUCAUCGAACUGUGAGUGCCCGAACUGUUUGGGAUGUAGUCAGGGUGAGUCUGACUGGAAUUCCCCUCUCGUAAAGCGAGAGGAUGAUGCAUCACUCUCCGGAUCAAGUAAGAAAUCCUCACUCUCUCCCAUCAUGAAACGAUUUCUGUCCCAGUCUUGUUCCAACGGCCUGAAGAAUGACAACAAGGAAGACCCUGUGCUUCUCCCUUCAGAGGAGGAAAGUUCUGUGGGCUUCUCUCAAAGGCAAAAUCUCAGCGAGACCUCAAAGAAGAUCAAACGGAAAAUCAAACCGUCGAGAGAGCUGACUAUCCAAGAAGUACUGAAGAAGUUUGGAGCCCGUGGGAAGUUUCUGUCAUACUCCAGGUCCUUGGGACACUCUAAAGACCACGUGGUUGUGGCCUUCAGACGAGCUCUGUACUAUUCUGGAAUCUGGGUAAAACAUGUCCAAGGCUCUAAAUUGGAAAAUCACUUUUCAGCGAAGUAUUUCAAAAGAAAUCCCGGUAGCCUCCACCGGUUGAUCCCUUGGCUAAAACGGGAACUCACCGCUGUUUAUGGAGACUAUGGCUACACAGUGAAGAAUAUUCUAGCUGCCAUUCUCCAUCACAUGACCAAAUUUGACCUGGAGAGUGAAUCUUUCACUGACCUACUGGAGCCUUAUCUCCUCCAGCAUACCCGCCACUUUCUACAUGAGUUCCUCAGUUUUGUUUAUUCGUCUUACGACGUGGAGACCUAUGACCGGAGUGCCAUCUACCAGUGUCCCCUUUCCACGUGGGUGAAAAACAAGAGCUUCUUUUCUACUCCAGUCUUGUCUUUGCCUGACGAUCUCUCCCUCGUGAUAUCUCAGCAAGGAACAAAGCAGUCAAGGAACACCCAGGUUCAGUGGAACAAGACUGGAAAGGGGCCUCUCUCGGACUUGAAGCAGUUCCCAAACGGCAAUCUUGCCGUACAAAUUCCUCCAACCUCAAUGACCCAUCAGAAAACAGCAAGCAAAUUCCAUGCUUGGACCAAAGACGAAUGGGAACAUGAUUUCAAGGAUGUGGUUUGUACAACCAAUUUGUUACUGGACUGGGAUCAUCUCAGGGAAAGCGUCCCAGGCACAGAUGUUCAAGAGAAAAAGACAGAAAACUCAAAGCUGCUCCCCGACCAUGUCGAGGACCUGCAGAAGAGUGGAACCGCUUCCCACGCCUGGGGAGCAGCAGUGGAUUCUAAUCAAGUACCACCAAGAAAGCACAAUGUAAAGGAAACAAACGUUUUGAGUCCUGGCCAACAGGUACAUUAUCGGAAAAAAGAAAUAAAAAAAAAGAAAAAGAAGCUUGAAGGAUCUUCACCGAAGGCUUUUCAAAGAUUAUCUAGGGAAAGAACCCAGACAAACAGCAAAUCCAGAGAAGCUGAUCUUUCUAAGCUUUGUAUCUCUGGAAAUGUCCCCUUUCCUACUAGAAAGGAUACAAUGCCGGUUUCUUUGACAAAACAGAAGAGAAAGUGCAGCCAGUCUUCUCAGUCUGUAGAAGUUGGGUCACGCCACAGUAUAAGAACCCAGAUACCAUCCAGUUCCAGGACACCCAUAUCCAAAUCCCGGUGUGUCGGGCCCAGAAAGCAAUCCAUAAGCAGAGAUCAGAGUAAUCUCUCUUUGCGGGGAAGUUAUAAAAGCAAAUGCUUCACCCAAAAUAUACAUGGUGGACCAUCAAAAGGAAAUUUGCAUGACUGCAGGAUUGCAUCUUUGACCCCAGUCCACCCGGACAAGAUUUGUUUAACUGCUGAGAGGAGACAGAGCUACACAUCUCUAGGUAACUGUGAUUCUCAAACUGUAGGAGAGUAUGGCAGUCUCGCAGGCCCACAGACUGAGAAGUAUGUGUCCCCAAGUCGGCAGCAGCAGAAGGGAAAGAACCUACUCGGUAGAGCUAGAAAAAUCGGGACACUUGGGCCCCCAAAAUCCAAAUGCCAGUGUGAGGGUUCUCAAACUGCUGCAGAGUUCUGUGUUUAAUUGGGGCAUCUCAAUGAUCAAAGACCAAUGAAUUGUCAUUCUGAAUGUGCGGCUUCCUGCAGAAAUUGAAGACUUCAGAAGUAUUCAGCCAAGAAUGGAUCCAAAAUAGAUAGCAACAGAAGCAUAGAGAUAUCAAUUGUUUUGAAAGGCAAAUUAGUCUAAUUAGACAGGCACCAGGGCUCUUUGCAAGUAUGGAUAUAGUCUGAGAUAUAUAAAAAUAUUAAUUUUAGCAUGUUGUAACUAGAACAAAAUAUCUGAUAGUUAAAUUCAAAUCUUAUUGAACACAAAUAUAUAUUAAAUUAUUCAUGUAUAUAAAUAA